AUGAUAAGCCAGGCGCCCACCGCGGUCACCACCGUCCGCGGCUUCCAGGCUACACCUGUCGCCUCUGGCGACGAGGACUCCGACCAUGGACACAACGAGACUCCAAGACGCAAGAACCAUGGCGGACGAACCCUCAUCAACGAUGUCGUCAGCGCCAACUGCAGCCCUACCAUUCGCGCCACAUCCUCCCCUGCCAUGUCGGGCAUCGCCAAGUUGCGCUUGCAGAUGGAGCCUCUGAGCCUUGACGGCGGCUCUCCCUGCCACUCCAUGAGCCGCGCCGGAAGUCAGCAAGGCCUGGAAUUUCGAAAGCAAAUCAUCAGCCGCACCCAGAGCCGAGAGGAUGUCCGCAGCGAGGCCGGUAGCGAGGGCUCGGAGGGCUCCGUUAGUUACGAAGUCAACCUCGAAAACGACUUUGUCAGCGAGAGUGUCCGCGGACGUAGUGGAUACUUUGAAACCCUUGAGGGUGGUCUCAACCCCAACCGCAAGAUGACUUCGGAGGAUUUUGAGCAGCUUCGGUGUCUUGGCAAGGGUACCUACGGCACCGUCCUCCUUGUUAAGCAGCGCGCAACUGGACGGCUCUACGCGCAGAAGCAGUUCAAGAAGGCCUCACUGGUGGUUCACAAGAAGCUGGUUGAGCAGACCAAGACCGAGCGACAGAUUCUUGAGUCGGUCAACAGGCACCCUUUUGUCGUCAAGUUGUUCUAUGCCUUCCAGGAUCAGGAACAGCUGUAUUUGAUUCUCGAAUAUGGACAGGGCGGUGAACUCUUUACCCACCUGAACACAGAGAAGAUGUUUUCGGAGGAUGUGGCGUCGUUUUACAUGGCAGAGAUGCUCCUGGCCAUUUCGCACCUCCACAAUGACCUGGGCGUCGUCUACCGUGAUCUCAAGCCUGAGAACUGCCUCCUGGAUGCGGAUGGCCACCUGCUGCUCACCGACUUUGGGUUGUCCAAGGUGGCUGUCGACCAGAACGAGAGCUGCAACUCGAUGCUCGGGACGGUCGAGUACAUGGCGCCUGAGGUUGUGCUGGGCAAGAAGUACGGCAAGGCGGUUGACUGGUGGUCGUUUGGCGCACUCGGAUACGACUUGAUGACCGGAAACCCGCCAUUCCGUGGACAAAAUCAUGCUAAGAUCCAGGACAACAUCGUCAAGCAGAAGCUAGUGCUUCCAUACUUCUUGAGCCCAGAUGCCAAGGACCUUCUCACUCGCCUUCUUCGCAAGGACCCCAAGAAGCGACUCGGCGCGGUGAUGCCCAAGGACCUCCAGACCAUGAAGAAGCAUCGAUUCUUCCGCAAGCUCGACUGGAAGAAGUUAGCGGCCCGGGAGCUUGAGCCGCCGAUCCAACCCAUGAUCACGGACCCCGAGCUGGCCGAGAACUUCGCCCCCGAGUUCACGGAGCUAUCCAUCAGCCCGACAAUGACCAACAAGGAUGCCUGGCCCCGGAGCGCCCCUAAGGAUGACCUCUUUGGCGGGUUCAGCUUUGUGGCAUCGUCGAGCUUGCUGAACAACGAUGCGUUCGCAGCCUUUGCUCAGACCUGA